AUGAAAAGAGAAAAGGGCAAAGCAUUUGGUGCCAAGAAGGAUCCAAAAGAUGAUGCAUGUUUUGAAUGUGGCAAGAAAGGUCAUUUCAAAAGGGAUUGCUACAUGCUGAAAAACAAGUCAAAGCCGCCUAGACAACUAGCUGAUUUCAAGAACAAAAAGAAAUCCAAGGCACUUCUAACCUGGAGUGAUGAUGAAGAUGAAUCAUCUUCUGAGGAUUCAAGUGAUGAGUUGGUGAACUUGGCUCUUGUUGGUCUUGAUGGCUCAAUUGAUACAACUGAUUCGGAUACGGACACUAAUAGUGAGGAUAAGAGUUGCUCAUCAAUAAUGGAACUCAUUGAUUUCAAGAAUGAGAAUUACGAGCUCGAGAAAGAAAAUGUUCAUUUGAAGAAAGUCAUAGAGUCUACUGAUGAUCUUGCAAGAGAUGAGGAAGAAUGUGCAGGUACAGGUACUGGCAGCAAGCUUACAGUGAAAGAAACUGGAAAUCAGCAAGCUGACAAGUCAACUGCCACAACUUCAGAAGCAGAUCAGUUAGCUGACAUAUUCACAAAACCUCUUCCUGAAGAACGCUAUAUCGUGCUGAGAAGGGAAUUGGGUAUGUGUGAUGUGCAGUCAGCAAGCUAA